UAAACCCUUCAGUCUCCAACGCAGCUUUCCGGGAAAGAAAAAUCUCUCUCCGACUCAGGCCAUAGUUCAGAAGCUGGCUUUGGUUUUGGCCGGAAAUUUUGGAGAAGCAAUACCUAAUCUUCUCAAACUCAUCGCCGGAACUGCCACCAUGGAGGCUCCAGUUAGGGCAUUUCGCCCCUGCGUUCUUAAUCGCGGCUUCUUCUCAAAAACAAUUCCUCAAUCUCGCCUCGUUUCAUUUCCUGAAUCUAAUCGGAGCGCGAUUUUCCGGCAAUCUUCAACCUAUUUCCACUUUUCUCCUUCUCGCAAGUACUUCGGUUCCAAAAUUUCACUCUCACUUAAUCUUUCUCACUGCUCCUCCUCGUCCUUUGGAUCUUCCGCAUCUUCUCUUGGUUCCAUCCCUUCUAAUUUUCUUUCUUCUUUACCCUCAUUACAAUCUUUCGGCUCUCAACUUGCAUCUGAUUACUUAAGUUCAUUUCUAUCCGAGUCAAACGGCAGUGACUGGACUUGGAAUCGAGCUUCAGAGAGUGCAAUUGGAAACAACGUAGGGAUUUUGCAGGGCGAAAAGGGGGCGGCGACCGUUGUUUUGUUAGGUUGGCUUGGGGCAAAGACUAAGCAUCUGAGGAGGUAUGUGGAGUGGUACAAUGCGAGGGGUAUCAACGCUUUGACGUUUAUUGUAGAUCCGAGAGAGUUUCUUUGGUUCGCUUUGAGUCGGAAAGUUGAGCAGCGGAUUUCGGAUUUGGCGGUUGAACUAAUUUCCUGGUUGUCGGAAGGGGAAGAGAGUGAUAAAGAUCGAUCCCUGAUUUUUCAUACUUUUAGCAACACGGGCUGGUUUAUAUACGGAGCGAUUCUUGAAAUUUUGCAGGGGCGGAAAGAUUUGUUAGAGAAGAUUAAAGGGUGCAUCGUUGAUUCUGGAGGAGGCGAUCCGUUGAAUCCGCAGGUUUGGGCAGCUGGAUUUUCUGCAGCCAUCCUCAAGAAAAAUAGUUCUUCUGCAUCUCCAAUGGUAAAUGGAGAGGAAAUAGACAAGAAACCUCUUCUCUUGGAAACCAUUUUCCUAUCAUCAUUAGAGAAGUUCUUCUCGGUUGCAUUGAAGUUGCCAGAUGUUGAUAAGAGAUUGAACAACAUUGUUUCAGUUCUUACAGAGAAUCAACCUUCAUAUCCUGAGCUUUACCUGUACAGUUCAGGAGAUAAAGUUGUACCUUACAAGUCAAUCGAGUUACUUAUCGAAAAGAGGAUGAAGACAGGAAGGAAGAUUUUUUCGUACAACUUCGGCAUGUCACCGCAUGUUGACCAUUACAGGACGUACCCUGAUAUAUACUCAUCACAGCUUCACAAAUUCUUGAUAGAAUCUUUUUCUUCAUAGGCUGUUGAAGAUAUGGAUUUAGAAGGAAGUGAAAUAAUUUCAUUACAGCAAUAAUUGGAUUGGCUAAAAAAAUUCAUAUGCAGAGAUAUUAUACAUAGAUAUAUAGAUUUCUGACACAGUUGUGAGACAAUUGAAAUAGGGUGAAGAGAAACCCAAACUUCAAAUGUAUCUUUUCAAUACCAAUUACGAUAAAAACAAACUCAUUCUUACUCCAA